CAUCGUGAUUUUGCUGAGAUCAGUUCAAGCAGGAUAGAGUUUGGAGAGAAAGGCAGUGUUUCCUGUAUGAUGAUGACGUUCCUGCAGACAUGAUUGCUGAAGAGUCAGGACCUGGUGCACAAAACAGCCCUUACCAACUACGCAGAAAGUCACUACUGCCUAAACGAACAGCUUGUCCCACAAAGAACAGUAUGGAGGGUGCUUCCACUUCAACUACAGAAAAUUUUGGCCACCGAGCUAAGCGUGCAAGAGUGUCAGGCAAGGUCCAAGAUCUUCCAGCAGCACCAGCAGAGCAGUAUCUUCAAGAAAAACUACCAGAUGAGGUGGUUUUGAAGAUCUUCUCUUACCUUCUUGAACAGGACCUUUGCAGAGCAGCUUGUGUGUGUAAACGAUUCAGUGAGCUCGCUAAUGAUCCGAUUUUAUGGAAACGGUUAUACAUGGAAGUCUUUGAGUACACACGUCCAAUGAUGCAUCCAGAACCAGGCGAAUUUUAUCAGAUUAAUCCAGAGGAGUGUGAGCACCCUAAUCCGUGGAAAGAAAGCUUUCAGCAACUGUAUAAAGGUGCACACGUAAAGCCUGGAUUUACAGAACACUUCUACAGUAAUCCCGCGAGGUAUAAAGGAAGAGAAAACAUGCUGUACUAUGACACCAUUGAAGAUGCCUUGGGGGGUGUUCAGGAAGCUCACUUUGAUGGCCUUAUCUUUGUACACUCCGGUAUAUACACAGACGAAUGGAUUUACAUUGAAUCCCCUAUUACAAUGAUUGGUGCAGCCCCAGGUAAAGUAGCUGAUAAAGUCCUCAUUGAAAACACGAGGGACUCGACCUUUGUAUUCAUGGAGGGCUCUGAAGAUGCCUAUGUCGGAUAUAUGACAAUUAGGUUUAAUCCUGAUGAUAAAUCAGCCCAGCACCAUAAUGCACACCACUGCUUGGAGAUCACAGUGAACUGCAGUCCCAUUAUAGAUCAUUGUAUAAUUCGCAGUUCAUGCACAGUUGGCUCUGCUGUUUGUGUCAGUGGCCAAGGUGCUUGCCCCACCAUAAAGCACUGCAACAUUAGUGAUUGUGAAAAUGUUGGAUUGUAUAUAACGGAUCAUGCACAGGGAAUUUAUGAGGACAACGAGAUUUCAAACAAUGCUCUUGCUGGAAUCUGGGUGAAGAACCACGGGAACCCCAUCAUCAGGAGAAAUCACAUUCACCACGGGCGUGACGUAGGAGUUUUCACAUUUGAUCACGGCAUGGGUUACUUUGAAAGCUGCAAUAUCCAUCGUAACCGGAUAGCUGGCUUUGAAGUGAAAGCUUAUGCAAACCCUACAGUGGUUAGAUGUGAAAUUCACCACGGACAGACUGGAGGAAUCUAUGUACAUGAAAAAGGACGAGGCCAGUUCAUAGAGAACAAAAUCUAUGCAAACAACUUCGCUGGUGUGUGGAUUACGUCAAACAGUGAUCCAACGAUUAGGGGAAAUGCUAUUUUUAAUGGCAAUCAGGGAGGGGUAUACAUCUUCGGAGAUGGAAGGGGCCUUAUAGAGGGAAAUGACAUUUACGGAAAUGCAUUAGCUGGGAUACAGAUUCGAACAAAUAGUUGUCCAAUUGUUCGCCAUAAUAAGAUUCAUGAUGGGCAACAUGGAGGUAUUUAUGUGCAUGAAAAGGGACAAGGUGUAAUUGAGGAGAAUGAGGUGUAUAGCAACACCUUGGCAGGUGUGUGGGUUACGACAGGAAGUACGCCAGUGCUACGGAGAAACCGAAUACAUAGUGGGAAACAAGUGGGUGUUUACUUUUAUGACAAUGGCCACGGAGUGCUUGAAGACAAUGAUAUCUACAAUCACAUGUACUCAGGGGUUCAGAUCAGAACUGGAAGCAACCCCAAAAUUCGACGCAAUAAAAUAUGGGGAGGGCAGAAUGGCGGCAUUCUGGUUUACAAUUCCGGUCUAGGCUUUAUAGAAGAUAAUGAAAUAUUUGACAACGCGAUGGCAGGUGUCUGGAUCAAAACAGACAGCAAUCCCACACUCCGACGGAACAAAAUCCACGAUGGACGAGAUGGGGGGAUCUGCAUAUUUAAUGGAGGCCGGGGACUCCUUGAAGAAAACGAUAUCUUCAGGAAUGCCCAGGCCGGUGUCCUGAUUAGCACUAACAGCCACCCAGUGUUGCGGAAGAACAGGAUAUUUGAUGGGUUUGCAGCAGGUAUUGAGAUAACAAACCAUGCUACUGCCACUCUAGAAGGCAAUCAGAUUUUCAACAAUCGGUUUGGAGGGUUGUUCCUAGCAUCUGGCGUUAACGUGUCAAUGAAAGACAACAAAAUAAUGAACAAUCAAGAUGCUAUUGAAAAGGCUGUUAUUAGGGGCCAGUGCCUGUACAAGAUAUCAAGUUACACCAGCUAUCCAAUGCAUGACUUUUACAGGUGUCACACCUGUAACACAACAGACCGCAAUGCAAUCUGUGUAAACUGCAUCAAGAAGUGCCAUCAAGGACAUGAUGUGGAAUUCAUUAGACAUGAUAGAUUUUUCUGUGACUGUGGUGCUGGAACGCUUUCAAACCCUUGCACAUUAGCUGGAGAACCUACGCACGAUACAGACACUCUGUACGACUCUGCCCCACCUAUAGAGUCCAAUACGUUACAACACAACUGAGCUUCAGUAUAUCCUGCCAUUUUAUCCUGUUUGUGUAAAAAAAAACUAGGGGAGGGGGAAAAAAAAAAGAUACAGUUUGCCCAAAUCUUCAGGAAGUUGUUGAAAGUGUAAAUUGUGCAGCAGUUGUACACACAUGCGGACGACACCGGAACCCAACCUCACCGGCGGGUUCUCGGUCAACAAAGGAACAGAGCAAUGUGCUUACUCAGGACAAAGAAGGCUGGGCAUCAAUAGCAUUACUAUGGACAAGGCAACCACAGUGAACUGACCGACUAUCCAAGGAACAGAGGCUCGCGCACUGUGGUUUUGUAUAAAAGCCGGCUUGUGAAGCUGUUAUUUUUCGGGGACAGGUAGCGUUAAAACCACAGCGGAGAGAGAUUGCAAGAGGACUGUUCUGCAAACAGCACACAGCAGUGCAGAGCCCCAGGGAGUUCUGCUUCACCUAUGGACAGGGGGUACUGAUUGGGUUGGUGUAUGUAUGAAAAUGUGAUCUAGCACUUCUGCAUUUGUUUUGAUUUUUUUUUAAAAAAACAUUUAUUCAAUGGAGACAACUGAUUUUAAUGCUUUCCCAUGUAGCUUUUUUUUGUAAUUUCAAGCAAAAACUUAUUGUACUUGAAUGUGUCCUGUUUUGUUAGCAGAACUAGACUUGCUGUAACUAUGCUCGUGUCCCAGUAUCUUAAGUUCUUUCUAUGAAAGAGGAAAAACACUAAUCAAUUGUACCCCAUUAACUAUUCUGAUUUAACCAACAGAACAUAAAGCAAUGUUCUUUUUGAAAAGUUAUUUCCAGAGAUCAGAAUUUUAAGUGCUUUCUUUCGUGACGAUGGGGGAGGGGAGGUAAGAAAAAAAAACAUUUGACUGCAAAUCCCAGCAUUUUAGCCAUUAAUAAAAUGUUGGAUCCAG